AUGCUGUUCUUGGCGUUCUUUAUCCUCAUUGGUUGCCCUCCCUGUGCUGCUGCACCAGCACACCAUUCCACCUCUGAAAUACCGUUGGCUUCCAGAAGCUCAUCCAGGAACAAACUUCUGCUCAUUUCUUUUGAUGGGUUCCGCUGGGACUACGAUCGACUGGUGGAGACGCCGAACCUGGACAGGAUGGCCCAGGAUGGAGUGAAGGCCACCUACGUUACGCCACCGUUCAUCACCAUCACCAGCCCCUCACACUUUACGAUGCUCACGGGGCGUCAUGUUGAGAAUCAUGGAGUCAUCCACAACAUAUGGUUUAACACGACCACUCAGGAGAAGAAACAGUACUACAUGACUCAGUUUGUGGACUCGUACUGGGAUAAUGGCAGCCUGCCCAUCUGGAUCACAGCACAGAGACAGGGUCUAAAAACAGGAUCUCUUCAUUUCCCUGGAACUGCAGCCACCUACAGAGGAGAGACGGUCCAGGUGAGGCAGGUGGAACCUAUGUUCUAUGAUCACUCCAAUGAGGCCGAAUGGAGGACAAACGUCCAGAAGGUCAUUGGAGACUGGUUCCACCAACAGGACCUGGACUUUGUUUCCUUGUACUUUGGGGAACCAGAUCUGGCGGGGCAUAAACAUGGCCCUGAUUCUCCAGAGGUUAAGGAGAUGAUCCGGCAGGUGGACCGGACCGUGGGCUACAUCCGGGACACAGUCCGGGACCACGGCCUCAGCGAUCAGCUCAACAUCAUCAUGACCACGGACCAUGGGAUGACUGCCACCCUGCGGGGCGGCCUGGUUGAGGAGAUUCUUCUGUCUAAGAUCCCUGGCUUCAGUUUCAGGGACAUCCAGUUCCAGCUGUUGGAUUACGGUCCUGUUGGGAUGCUGCUGCCUAAAGAGGGGCAGCUGGAGAAGGUCUACAAGGCUCUGAAGGGAGCACAUCCUCACCUUCAUGUCUAUAAAAAGGAGGAGGUUCCAGCCAGACUUCACUACAGUACCCAUCCUCGACUACUGCCCCUCAUCCUCAUCGCUGACCCUGGAUACAUCGUCAACGGGAUCUGGCUUUUGCACAACAACAAAGGAGACCACGGCUUUGAUAAUGAGAUCAUGGACAUGAAGGCCUUCUUCAGAGCUGUGGGGCCGGAUUUCCAGAAGAACCUCAGAGUGGAUCCCUUUGACAUGGUGGACGUGUACCCACUGAUGUGCCACCUCCUUGGGAUAAACCCAGAGCUCAAUGAUGGACACUUAGACAAAACCAAAAGCAUGUUGGUCCAGAAGACAAACACCGGAGGAGACAAAGCACACCAACCCCAUCAGAGGGCGCUGUUCGUGGGUCUGUCCGUGGUCAUUGGCGUCCUCCUACUCCUGUUCAUCAUCACUGUUUCCUACAGCAGGUGCAGACAGACCAGAGCAGAAUGA